CGGAUUGGAUUGGAAAGGAAUGUUCCGACGCAAAAACGAGAAUACGAAGAGGGCCUUAGUAAAGUUAGCAUAGGGACGAAGUGCGAGGUUCAAGUGUUGUUCCUGUGCAUUAUACAACGUCGUAAUGUUGAAAGAGUUGGUACGGGAGCGACUCAUUGCGGCCGCCGACGAAAUCUUCGGACUGUUUGAAAGAACGAUAGCGUCGUACGACGAGCAACUUUGUCGAGCGAGAGAGGAGAGCGAGCGACACCGACGACAACUGGAAGCUGUUUGCAAGUCUCAAACUUUCAUACACUUGGAAGACUUACAGCAGCUGAUUGGUCAUCAGGAAGAACUUCCCCCUCAGCCGCAUGGGGGGAGCUCCAGUUGGGAGCAAAAUGAUCCUCAACCCCCUCACAUUAAAGAGGAAGAGGAGGAUCUAGAACCACCUGACUUUAAGGAAGAAGAUGAACAUCUAGAGCCCUCCCACGUCAAGGAGGAAGAGGAGGCGUCUGAAAUUUGCAAGUUUCCGCUGACUGGGGUCAGGGAGAGUGGAGGAGACAAAGACGGACCACUCAAGUGGUCACAGCUUCAUCAUCAUCACAGUCUAAACGGAGAGCACUGUGGACGCCCAGCACGAGAUAACCUCUUUGUUCCACUAUCACACAGUGAUGACAUUGAAGAACCUUUGAGGAGUGACGCAGACUGCCCUGAAAAGGAGACAACUUUUAACAACAAGGAACCUUCUCAAACACACACAGGAGAAAAACUCUUAAGUUGCUCAGUGUGUAGGAAAAGAUUCUCUCAAAAGCGUCAUCUGGUAUCACACAUGAGAUCACACACGGGAGAAAAACCCUUUGGUUGCUCAGUGUGUGGGAAAAGAUUCACUCUCAAGUCAACCAUGGUAAAACACAUUUUUCGGACACACACAGGCGAAAAACCUUUCAGUUGCUCCGUCUGUGAUAAAAUGUUCCCUUCUAAGUAUGAUGUGGUAUCACAUAUGAGAACACACACAGGAGAAAAACCCUAUAGUUGCUCAACUUGUGGCAAAACAUUCUCUCAUAAGCAUCAUCUGGUCGACCACAUGAGAACACACACAGGAGAAAAACCCUUUGCUUGCUCAGUGUGCGAUAAAAGAUUCACUCUAAAGGCAACUAUGUUAAAACACAUUAGGACACACACAGGGGAAAAACCUUUCGGUUGCUCGGUCUGUGAUAAAAAAUUCUCUUCGAAGUAUAAUAUGCUAAAACAUGAGAACACGCACAGGAGAAUAAGCUUAUAGUUGCUCUGUUUGUGGAAACUUUGCUCAUAGGUCCACUUUCACUGCACACGGGAGAAAAUGGAACCAAGGGACAGUAAAUGUUUUACACUAGUACCCUGCGAUACUGCAAUUUGGCUUUUGCAGUAGGCCAGAUUUUUGGGGGAAAUUUAGAGGUUUUUUUAGCGCUGUAAAUGCAGUUUAGGUGUGCAGUACAGUAUACGACAAAUAAGAGUAAUCUUUCAGCUGAUUCAUCAUCACCGUCUUGACCUAAUUUUGGUAUCUGUGCGUGUGUAAGCGUGUCAUUGUCCAAAUACUUAUGGACCUCAGGCUGAGUUCUCAAAAUGUAAACAUCAUGUGUAAAUUGUACGAAAGCGACAUAGUUCAUACAUGUAGCGCCCUGUUUUAUGUAUUUUUGAUUGUUUGCGAUAAAGUACUACUUGCUUGUUGUUACUAUAUUGCUGAUUUUGUCAGCUGUCCAUGUCUGAUUUUUAUU